UUCGCGACCCCGGAUAUACCAGAGGGGGAGGGGGAGAAAAGGGUCAGAAAACGUGUGUGUGCCUGUUGUCUCCGUAUGGGCGAGCAGAAAAGGGCGAAGAAGAAGCGCCCAGCGGUGAAGAGAAAGACACAGUCGUUUGUUGCGCCCCUGCCUGCUUUGAUGGCACAUUUCGCACACACACACACACGACCCGAGGCCAGCGCAUGUACGCGACACCAUUGAGCCCGCCGUACACGCACACGCACUGCUACGCACGUAACAUCGCAACACCCGCUGGAUGGAGGUGGCGUGAUCGGGCCCAAACGGAGAGGAGAGAAUGGCUGGCCGUGUGGACAAGCCCCAUCUACACACGCGUGUGUAGCUGCGUAUACGCACGCAGCGAGCGUCGCGAAUUUCGGAGUUUUACACCCCGCAGGGAAAGUGGAAACAGGCGCUUUUGAGCGGCAGUUGCUUAUUGUGCUGAUGUGUAGUUCAAACUAGAUAUUCCAUUUUCAAAACAGUGACCUUUUUCUUCAAUCGUUUCGCAAGUGGUUUGCAAAUUUGAAGGAAGGGAAGGGAAGCAUAAAAAAACUACUACAAAGGCAGAGGGGGCUGCUACUCCGUACGUUCGACGACAAAGGCGACAUUCACCCCCCCUAUUAGGGUGGGGUGGUGUGGGCGGGUGUGUCCGUGUGCCCUUUUUGUUCGUAAGUGUGUAUUCAAACCUGUUUUGCAGCAGCAGCAGCUGAUUGGCACACGGGGCUGGAAUUUCCCGAAACACGCUGGCGGCUAAACUUUCUAAAUAUCGAGCCCGCGUUGUCUGACCGUUUGGGUCUAAACGAUUACGAGUGGCGGUGGCGGUGGCGAGAGUUGCUGCUAAUUCGCCGUUUGGAAGGCCAGAUUAAGCAUGGUGUGCUCCAGCUAAUGAUAAUGUCUGGCCAGUCUGGUCUGCCACUAACAAGCAUUGCUUCUAGAAGUCUCGCUAGUGUCUGUACUGUGUGUGUGUGUUAGUGAGUUUUAUCCCUUUUAUCUCACUUGCUGCAGAAACUGAUGUGAUUAGAAGAUAAAUGACGCUUUUUUAUCUUUGUUUGUAAAUUGCAACAUGAAGCGAACUAUUGUUCGAAAGCAAGGAACGAGCCACACGCUUACACCCAAGAAUAAUAAUCCAUAUCUGCGCCACCUCACAUGUGCAUACUUCUCUGUACGUGCAAUAUGCAUCCGUCAGUGAUUGGAAGCAGUUGGCGUUUGGAGUGUCAAUCGAAGUCGGCUGAUUACGGGUUGCGUGUUUGUUUGCCUUCCCCAAAGAAAAGGAGACUGCCACCGCUUCUUUCUCUCCCUCUCGCUCUCCUGGAACGCGAGCGCUGCUUCUUGCUGAUUCUUUUUUUACACAAGCGAUUAGAAUGGAAUGUGGGAGGGAAGAUGCAAGAGAAGCAAACAUUUUCCCAUACAGCACGGCCGAGCAUUGGACGGCUUUGUGCAAUUCCCUGCAAUCUUUAUCAUUCUCUCACUCUCUUGUUUUGGUGCGCCCUCUCACUCUCACUCUCUCAUAAUCCCUCUUCUUGCUCAUAAUAUUUGCGUUAAAAACAAAAACACACCUUAUUUAUUGCCUCUCACACCAGCGGCACACACAAAAAAGAAGGGGCAUUCUCUUUCCCUCGAACGAGACAACUACACCCACACACACACACACACACCCAACCAGCCACCACAACUGGUGCAUGUGCAUCAUGUGCAAAAGAGAGUCUGAUGCACUUCCGCGGAAACUACACACAAACGCGCGAUUGCACUCUCUGUACACUCUCCCCUCUCUCCCGCUAUCUCUCUUGUUUUUUGUUGUUGUGUUGCAAAAAUUGAGAAAGAGAUAUGGGGAGGGUUGUCGGGUCGGCCAUACCAUGCACCGCAGCGCUGUGUGCAGCUGCAGUUUCAGUGCAUCUCUCGCGCAGGGUGCACGGUGUAUCGCGACAUCAUCAUUCUUCGGCGUGCCUGUUCUGCUUUUGUUUUCCAUUUGCGCAAUCUCUUCUCGCGUCUUUUGUUAUUGUGAUCGACUCGUGCGUGUAUGUGUGCAGCUCGAUCAAAAACCAGAGGAGGGAAAAGGCUAGUGGAUGCAAGCCAAUACACGAAGGAGGUGCAUGCAAGAGGAAUAAACACAAAACACGGAACAAUAGCAGCAGCAGUAAAACAGUAGAAGAAUAUCAACUAUAAACCAAAAGUGUGCGUGCGUGCAUGUGUGGUUGUUGUGUGAAGUACAACACGUGAAAGACAAAAGCAGCACGCACAGAGAGGAGCAAAGUGUGUCAUAUACAAAAGAGGAAGAGAAGAGACCCUUAGGGCGAAAAUGGCGAAGGAGUGAUAGAAUCAAGAUUGGGGCAAACCGAGAACAGAAGCCGCACCGGAACAAAGGAUUGUCCAAUGUAAAGGAUUCGCGCGCGCACACACACAACCCUUACCCUACCGAACGACGAACGUCCAGUGUGUGUGUGUGUGUGUGUGACGGUUAUGCUGAUAUCUGGACAGGCGAGCGACCGCGGGUACAUAUCGGCGCGAAGAGCGAGGACCGGCGGCAGGGUUGUUCCCCCUCCCCACCCGGCUCGGCGUAGGUCCGCGACGUGGGACAAACCCGAACCGCCGCGUGCGUACGUGCAGUUUACUACGGCACACUAAGAGUAAAGGAACGACGGGAAACAGCAGCGAACAAGAAGAAGAACAAGCGGCAAAGCGAGAGUACUUGAACAAAUCAGCAAACGCGAACAAAUUACUUAUAGGCGGCCGUGUAUCGUCGGCGUCGGUGUGUCUGUUAAGUGAGCAGUAGUAGCAGCAGCAACAGCAACAGUGCGAGAGCGUACCCUCAGCGUAACCUAAUAGUGUUGGCGGUCUCUUUUAAAAUUACGUGCAGCCAGAGAUCCGCCAGACCAGCAAAAAGGGGAAAGCGAGAAGCAGCAACACCGGCGACAACGAGGGCAACAGCGUGUCAAUCCCCAAACGAGAUCUACAUGCGCGUCUCUCUGUACUUAGGGAAUAAUAUUCCGCCAGCUAAGGGAGCAACAGCAGCAGCAGAACAACGUUUUCUUGGCGUGGCGAACAACAGUAAAGACUUACACGAUUGCGGACAGUGUUACAAUUAGUAGGAGAAGGAGCACUUAAAAAAACAAUACUAAUAAUAAGGCAGGCCAAGUACAACGUCCUCUCCGCUGUCGUUUUUACAGGUGUGUGUGUGUUGUGUGACGGGUAAAGUGAGGACCGGUGUUAGGCCUCCAACCUCCUCCCCCAGUGAAUUUGUGUCUACACGGCUUGACCGAGCAGGGGCGCAAAAAAAGUGGAACACAGAACAGAUGAUUGUCGGUUUAAAAUUAGCCAUUUCUGGUUACUAAAAUUAAACCUCAAAGAGCUGUCGGCAGUGCUGUACUGAGCGGUUACCUCGAGAGGUAGAUCGAGAGUGAGAGGAGGCAGAAAGAUAGAAGAGGAGUUGGCAAAAACAAAGCACAGCACAGCAAACUCUUGCUCUGCUCUGCGUUUGUUGCGAAAAACAGAGGAAGCAAACACGUACGCAAAACGAUCAAAUUUGGAAUACUGGGAGAACUGGCAGAAUAAAAAGUGAAACAAUUUGAACCGGUAAGUGAUAGUAGACAAAGCAGCAAGAAGGUAAACAGGGAGCAAACUCGAAUGAUACUCGGUUGUUUUGUGGAGAAAAAAAAACAUAGCUCCCUCCAAACAAACGGAAACCUGAAACCCGAAGCCGGCAGUGUGGCAAAGCUGUUGGGAAAAUGAAUAUAGAUCCAUCGGAACAGGCACAAGAACAGGAAGAGCAGCAAACGACGACGGUGGCAGCGACGGAAUCGGUGACGGUCGAAGCAGAAACAUCAGCAACAACACCACCACCAGCAGCAGCAUUAGCAUUACUAAUAUCCCCAUCGUCACCCUCGUCAGCGUCGACCGUUUCGUCCACUGCUUCAUCGAUUUCGAAAAACAGCAGCACCGACGAGGUCGAUGAAACUACGGCGGAAGCAGAGCAGCACCCAGAAGAAGCAGUGUGUAGUACCGAGACGGCAACGGCAUCGACGGCGGCACCACACCGAGGGGAGGACGAAGAACAACCGCAGCUAAAAACGGCACAGCAGCUUGAACUCGAACAGCGAGCCGAUGAAGAUGAUGUCCACCACAAUAACAGUCCCGUUCGACAGCAGCAGCACGGUGAGCGGUCGCCAACGGAACUGGCGGGCGCUGGGCCGAACGCAACGAUGACACUAGAAGCGACCGAUACGCUAGCUCAAAACGUGACCACCGACUUAAGGACACCCGAUACGGAUGCGCCAGCUACAGUGCCAGUGCCGGAGGGCGGGAGGACGGAGGACGAGUGCGACAGCGCGAAGGAGGAUGGUGCGGCGAGCGAAGCGCUGUCGACGCAAGAACUAACCGCGGAAGCCUUAUCACCGAAAACACCACCAUCGUUGUCAGCGAGCUCGUCGAGCUCCUCCUCAUCCACAUCGUCGACGCCGUCCGUGAGCGAGGAGCGGCGCCUGCCGGCCGUGCCGGAAGAGGAUACGAUUGCAGCGGACGAGGAGUAUCUUAGUAGGGGCGAGGUCGAGGAGACGCUAACGGUAUCGAACAAUAAUCCUGCGCUGCUAGAGGUUGAGCUCACGGCGCCGGUGGUCGUUGACGAUGCUGGCAGUAGCGGCUGCAUCAAUGACCACUACAACAACAAUAACAACAACAACAACAACAACAACGACAUCAGCAAAGGCAGUGAUAGUGACUUUCAAAUUGUGGGUGUCAUCAGCAGCAGCAGCACCACGCACACGCAAGACAGCGAACGGACUGAGGAUGGUGGUGACAGCGAGACGGCAACGUUCUUAUCGUCCCCAGCCAGUCGCACCGACUUGGAGGAAGGCGUCCAAACGUCUGCUGCGGCACCCGCCACCAAAAUAGCCCUAGGACAAGGCGAACAGCGGCGGUGCUGUGUUGCUUCUGGCGAAGGUGGCGACGAAUGUACUGCUGCCACCUGCCAGCGGGCCGGUUGCGAUUGCGAGCAUUUGGGAAGCCGUGUUGUUGUGUCGCAACAACCACCAUCGCCGCCGCCACUGCUCGGUAAAGCUGCCGCGAGUAGUGUUGACGAGGAUGAGAAGGGGGAGAAGGAGGAGGUGGCGAAUGAAACGAAUGACGACAAUAACUGCGAGUUGUCCGUAGCACCGAUAGAGAUAGUACAAACCGAACCGUUACCGAGCAACGCCAGCUGUACAGUGCAGCGACAGGGCGACUUAAUUACCACUGCCGAUGUGGUGGCCGUGGCGGAGGUGGAUCAGCAGAACGGCGAUGAACGGCAGCAGCAGGAGGAGGUGAAUGAAGGUGAUGAGGUUACGGCGGCGCAAUCUGAGGAGAACGAAACGUGUGCCAGCAGCAGCGAUGCGACCAACACAACCGUGGGCGCAUCGCCAUCUAGCUCGUCAUCCUGUUGUUCGUCUACUACCACUACUAGUGCACCCUCCCCAUCGCCACCGUCGUCGUCCUCGGUUUCCUCGUCGUCUUCGUCCGAACCAUCGCCAGAAGUGGUGUUGGCCGGAUCCCAACAAGAACCUUCUGGCAAGGGAGAUGAUGGUGACGAUGAUGGUGGUGAUGCGAGUCAGCUCGUCGGAGACAAUCGACCGUUAGGUGAUGGCUCACCGGAAGGACACUCCCUUGAGGAUGGUGAAGGAUUUCCCGCUAUUACGCAUCAUCGAACGCCACCCGCCCUUCGUACGGUCGAUGCAGAUGCUGCCGUGGUUCCGCAGUCGUGCGCCGAGGACGACGAGUGCCGCAGCAUUGGUAGCGGGCGACACAGACAGGUCACGACGACGGGCACGCGGUUACUAACGCUUGCCGAGGAACUGUCGCAGGCAGGCGCAGCAGCAGAGCCUUCGUCACUGUACGCGACCGUCGCAGCACCGUCUUUAGCAGCAAGCGCACCGUCACCGUCCACAGUCGUAGAUGUCCUACCAAAGAGUGCUGCCGGCACAGCAGCAGCGGUGGUCAGUGGUAGCAGCAGUAGUAGAAGCACGUCGCCCGUUCUGCACAGCAGCCUGAAGAAACCGAGCAAAAGGAUGGUGGUCGCAACUGGCGCCGGAACAGUGGCAGCAGCAGCGGCAGCGGCGGUAGAGACGGCAAAGGGCGAAAACACGAGGCGAGUUUCCUUUCCGAAGGAUGCGCAGCUUAUCACUGGUUAUCUGGAGCCCGUCAACCCUUGGUCCUGCAUAUCGAUUUGCGAAACAACGGAGCUGCUGGAACUGUACCGUAGUUCCUGCAAGCGACACAAUGCGGUGCCGCUCCAAAGCGUGCUGGAGCACCUGCAAUCGCUCGAUGCCACGAAGGAUCGCGUCCCGCUGCUCUCGCUGAGGGAUCAGCAUCUCACCUACGGCGGCUGCGAAGCGCUGGAGGAAAUCUUCAAGCACGUGCAGUACCGGUGCAUCGACCUGUCGCACAGUGGGCUGAACGAUGUGACGGCCAGCGUGAUGUUUGACAUCAUCGAGUACUACGAGGCGGCGACCGAGCUGGACAUAUCGGACAAUCUGCAGAUGUCGAGCAAAAGCUGGACGGCGUGCAUCAACAUGCUCAAGAAGAGCCAGGCGCUGAACGUGCUGAUAACGCGCGGUCCCACGAUAUCCGACUACCAGGCGAACAAUCUCGCCAAGGCGCUGAACGCGUCCGCCAUACACACGCUCAAGCUGGAGCACUGUGUGCUGAGCCAGCAGCCGAUCGCAUCGCUCUGCAACGUGCUGAAGCGCAACGAAGUAUUACGGGAGCUCUGGCUAGCGCACAACCAGCUGAACUGCGAAGAUGCGCAACAGAUUGCGAAUUUGCUGCGGUCGAACUUUUACAUUCAGCUGAUCGACAUCUCCAACAACAGGAUCGGGGACAAAGGCGUUGAGCACAUUGUGAAUGCGAUUGUCGAGCAGGCGGUGUACUUUAAGGACGUGCAGGACAAGAAGCGUAAGAGUGAUCUCAACUUUUCCGAUCUAUCCAGCAGCCUGAACAACAUUAACAACAGUGCGAAAAACUACUUCCCCCAUCAACGGCUACGAUCGUCCGAUUCCGAGUCGAUGCCGGCGGGCGCGGAAGCCGAUGAGAACAAAUCGCCAUCGCCCCUAACUCUUACCCCACCAGUAACGCCACCGUCGACUCCCGCUCUUCCAACCACGUGCGAAACGGACACGGAGGAGACGAAGCAGGUGGCACAACCACAGGCCAGCAGCGACAAGCAGCUGGAGCCUACGAAUGGUGACGCCACCUUCGCGGUAGCAGCGCCCACAGUGUAUACGAUGCAGCAGCAGCAGCAGUCUAACAAUGACGAAACGAACCCACCACUACUACCGCCAUCAUCACCAUCAGCAUCAUCAGCAUCAUCAUCACCGCUCACCCUGCCAACGCUCGGUGCUGUUGCUCCGUCGAACGUGGAGCUAGUGGAAAUGAGUACAAAACAUAGCGUAAGUCUACAAACAACUAGUGAUAGGGAGAAGCUCGACACGGUGGCAGUGCGCCCCGACAUGAUGACGGCCGAGGAAGAAGCACUGAUGAAUUCCUCUAGCGGCGGAGCAACGGCCACGGUGGAAGCGGUGGCGUUGGUGACAGCACAGGAGACAGGAGAGCAAGCGCUGAGCGAUGGUGAUGGCGAGAGCAGGACGAUGAGCACCUCAGCGGAAACAGUACAAACCGACCGCAGCGAGUCGACGGUGGUUGUGCGAGAAGCUAGCACCGGUGGGGCGGAGGAAGAGUUGACGGGGACGGACUUGGACAAGCAUUCGGAGAGUCCGGUGCCGCAGGCACCCAAGAAGCCCCGGCUGGCGAAGCAGGACAGCGUGCUGACGGAGUUUGAGGCAUCGAUCACGACCGCCAUGGAAACGGGCGAGGACGGUGAGGGGCUAACCGAGCAAAAGCCGAAGAACAAACUGAGUGGCGGCGAAGGUGUCACGAUACCUUCGGUCAUCGAGGAGCAGCCCAGCUCGGCGAGCGUGAUGGAAGAGGACGUGCCAGAGCUGUGCUCCGACUACGAUGACGAUGGUAGCAAUUUGCGAAUUUCGCAGGAGAAUCUGUUCGUUGAGCUUGGCAUACCGGCACUGAGCGAGCAGGAGGAGCGCCUGGAAGCGGAUAGUGGUGCGCCCGAUUCGCCGGGCGAUGUCUUUCCCCCGCUCGUCACCGUACCAUCGAAGAAGGAUGAGCUGCAGCUGCUGAUUGAAAAGUCGAAACAGUCGGCGACAGGCGAAGCCGUGGCCGAUCGGCUGGAGCAACCGGCUGUGCCAGCCGCACCGCAGAAGACGCUGGCCGGAGACAGGGAGCGAAAAAGUGCCAUUAGCAGUGAUGAGCGGCCGGUAACAGCAGCAGCAGCAAUGCCGGCAGCUACUACCAAGAAGAAUCGGACGCAAUCGAGCAGCAGCGACAGCUACGUGCCGUCGGCGGAGCGGGCCAUACAGAUGGUGAACGUUGAAAUCAAAGACAGUGUGCCGCUGUCCCGCUCGCUCGACUCGGUCGGCGGUGAGUCGGAGUCCGACUUUGAGAGCAGCAGCCCGUUCCGCACGACCGCGCCCGGCCCCUUUCCGAACGAGCGAUCGUUCAGCUCCGAGAGCCUGAACAGCGAAACGUCCAUCGAUUCGAACGACUCGAAAUCCAGCCUUAAAAUACACGAGUCGAAGUUUGCCGCCAAAAACGGUACGCUGGAGCGACAGCAAUCGAACCGGGUCUUGAACCGGGACGCGGCCGGUGCGGAACAGGCGGCCGCCAGUCCGGGCGGGCUGCAGGUGCUAGUGCUGUGGAACAAUGAGAUGACGCGCAGCUCGGCCCGUCACUUCCAGCGGCUGCUGGAGAAAACCAGCACGCUCGACACGCUGAACGUGGGCAGCAAUCAGCUGUGCAAUAGCUUUGUGGCCGGCAUCAGUGGCAGCUUGAAGGCGAACACGACGCUCACCAACCUGGGCCUGCAGGGUGCCCAUCUGUCGGACAAGGGCGUAAAGACGAUGGCGGAAAUCAUCGAGUUCGGCGGCAACUCAUCGUUGCAGCGGAUCGAUCUGCGGCACAACAACAUCCAGAAGGCGGGCUUGGAAGCGUUGAACGAAGCGAUGAAGUCGAACAAAUCGGUCACCCGCAUCGACCUGGACGAUACGCCGCGACGAAUCAAGGACACAUCGCUGGACGGCGUCGGGUCGGAGUACAGCCGGCUGGUGAACAACAUCCGGGCACAGUGCGAACGGAACAAAAACCCGCCGGAGCCGAGUGAACCCAUCAGCACGACGGUGCGGCGGGCGCGGGCCAACUAUCUGAGCUCGCGCAAGAUUUCCCUCACCUGUCCAUCGAUCAAAACGUCGCCGAGUGCGAUCGCGGACAAGCAGCAUCUGCUCGAUCCGAACGGUGGGUGCAAAAAGUCAACCGGUGGCCGUUUACGCUCACCAUUGCCCAGUCCCAUUCCUUCACCCGUUGCCUCGCCAGUGCCGAGCCCGUCCCGCAAUCGAUUCCACGUGUCGCGAGUGAGCGAUUCUGGCGGCGGUGGUGCUGGCGGGACGGCUUCAUCGCCAUCACCCUCGUCGACCGGUAGCUCGCCGACGCUCUUCUUCCCCUCGAACUCGCGGUUUCGCGUGGUGACGGUGGCCGAGCCGGAUGCGGCAAAGAGUGCCAAUGGCAAUCCGUACCGCAGCAGCAGCACGAUUAGUCUGCCCAUGAGCAAAUCGUCAGCCUCAUCCUUUGCCAUGGGCGGUACGAGCUGUGCCGGUACGAUGGCCUCUUCGGCGGGCACGAUCAAUCGGCGCCCGGUGUGCAGCUCUGCCCCGACGCUCUCGUCCUUUCCUCCGUCGCCACUGUCGCCGCUGGCUGCGGGCGGGCCGGUAGGGGGACGCGUCGGUGUCGCUAGCCAAACACCGUCGCCACUGUUGCCUCCCUCAUACAGCACGGGGUAUCACAGCACGGGGUUCCAGACUACGACCAUGCUACCGUCACCACUGCUUACGGCGGGAUCGUCCCCUACCAUGUCUGGUGGGCUGGUGCCGAUCGUCGCAAACACCGCCACGAUGCCAAUGGGAAUACCACAGACACUACUACAGCAGCAGCAGCAGCAGCAGCACCAACAACCACAGUCUCACUAUCAGUCACAAUUCGUUCCCAUGACGCCGCAACAGCAGCCGCAGCCAAACUAUCACUUUAUCACCACGUUUGGCCCUGGGAACAGUACAUCGAUUCCGCUGCAGCCAAUGAUUACCCAAAUACAAAAGUACCCUAAUCUCACCGAACCACUCGUAACGCUGCCACCGCAGCACCCGAUCCAACAACAACCAUUACAAUUACAGCACCCACAACAACAACAGCAGAUUCUACCACAGACACCGUCAUCCUACACGGGCAAGGGACGUCAGCAUUCAUGCGAAUCACCCCAUCAGCAUCAGCACAGCAGCAGCAACACCAGCAGUACCACGCUGCACGAUUCCGUGCUCUCCUCCACCAGCAUCGAAAGUCCGGACCUCGAGGUAAAACGGUUCAUGUCCGGCGGAGCGCUGCGGGACGACAGCUGCUGCUCGUCGAUCAGCAGCAACAGCAUCGAGUCGAUCGAUAAUGCGCACUUCAACCUCAACACCUCCAUCAGCUCGACGGACGAAAGCUUUGAUUUGAUCGUAAACUCUCCACCGCCGGUCACUACCUCCGCAAUUGCGAGCAGCAUCUUCGUACAGUUGCCGGCAGGUGGUGCAGUAAGCUGUUCGUCCGAAGUGAGCCCGAACGUUAGCUCCAUUUCGCGCAUCCCGGAAGAAGAGAGUACGCUGAUUGCUAGGCAGUCGGUGUCCUGCGGUGGUGAGCCGCCGAAGGCAACGCUCGAUGCGCCCGCGAGCUUUUCUUCGUCCAGCAUGGUGCACGUGCCGCUGGCCAGCUCGCAAGAGUCGCUGUACGAUGUGCAUGAUCUAUCGGGCUCCUCAAACUCUUCAUCUGCUGCUGUUACAAAUCUAGCGCCAACGGUGAAACCACAGCCGCCACCACCGGCAGUGACCACCCUUCCGCCUGUGCUGACCACUUUCUCAGGUGGCAGUGUUCUUCCUACGCCAAAUACUACCGGUGCGGCACCCGGGGCGGCAACCCUGUCGGCGGGUGGCAAUAAUUCCAACGAAAGCACACUGACGUCAGUGCAAAACCUGGAGCGCGAACCAACAGUUACCAAGCCGGCAAGCCACAGCGAGAAGCCACCGCGCGUCCGUAAGACCUCGUGGAUACUGGGUGGCAGCGGAAGCAGCCACAAGCACACCGAUUCGAGCUCGAGCGGCGGCAGCACGCCGACACCCGGCGGUGGCGGUAGCGGCUACCCGCCCGCCAUCGAGAAGCUGCUCAGCAUCUUUCAUCCGAGCAAUCUGUUUUCCUCCAGCAAAGCCUCGUCCGCGUCGUCGGCCAGCCCGCCACCGAGCGCGGCACAGGACGGUUCGCAGCCGCCGUCGCGCAAGGAAAGCCCGAUGGGCGGGCUGUUCUACUGGGCGCAUCACGGGGUGGGAAGUGGGAACAGCAGCAACACGAGCGCCAACACCAGUCCCACCAGUGCCGGCAAAAAGGAGGCCGAUCGGGCGGCGGCGCUAAAGGUGAACGUUUCGCCCGAAACUACCCUCACGCCGCAACAGCUGCAGCCGCUGCAAAACCAGGCCCAGGUGAUGGCACAACUACAAUCCAGCUCCAGUCAUCCGCAGCACCAGCAGCAGCACAGUGCCGAGCGUAUGCCACGGCAGCUAAAGGUGGAGAUGAAGGAAAACAUUUCACCGGAAAACACCAUCACCAACAAGCUGCUACUGUCCUCGAAUGCACCCGCUGGGGUGGAUGUGUCGACCGUUUUGAUAGCGCCCAGCUCGCCAGCGCCAGUGGCAGCUGCUCCGAUCGUGAACGUGGCACCGGCGACGACGGCCUAUGCGAAGGUUAUCUUCCAGCUCGGCGGCGAUUACGACGAGUCGGAGGACGAUAUCGAUACGCUGACCAGCAGGUACGGCAACCAUCCGGGCUUGGGUGGUGGCGGUGGCCAGAGCGGGCCGAGCAGCUUGCUCGGCGGCAGCACCACGAGCAACAGCAGCGGCAUCAGCAUCGGCAGUGGCACGAGCGCCGGCGAAAUGAUGAGCGGAAGUGGCGGAAUGUUGGCUGUGUCACCUUCGCCCAGCACUACCAGCGGACAGUCGGCCACGUCGGACACGGUCGUGGUGCUAAGCCAUCUCGGGCAGCUGGCACGUGAUUCGCUCAGCAUGUUCAAGAAUCCCAGUCUUACCUCGCAGGACUCGAUUUCGAUCCGCUCGAUGGACUCGCUGACGGAGAUCGGAGGCGACACCAAGACAGCGGCGGGACGGAAAGAUGCAUCACCGGUGAUGGCAGCGGCCGCAACUGCCGUGGUACCACCACAACCACCCACAUCGACCGCAUCGUCAUCAUCAACUCCAUUGGCAUCCGCAUCGGCGGCGGCCCCGUUGGUGGCCGACAUACAGUUUGAAACACGCUAGGGCACAGGGCAAGGAGCGAAGGGUGAUGGUGGCCGUACUUAUCUGAACACAAACUGUCCAACACUCGUUCAUCCGUUGGGUGUGUGCGUGUGUGUGUGUGUGUGUGUGUGUGUGCUUACAAUAUCUAUUAGGGUUUCGUUCCGUUCUGUUCUGGGCGUGUGCUAACGUGUUCGUUUUGUUGUACUUACAAAUGCUAACACGGGGAAACACAGUGCCCUCCUACAGUGCAUACAGUGCCUCGUCUUAUUUGCGGUCAGUUGCGGCAAUCAGUUAUGAUGUAUUGCCCCCUUUGGUGUCCAUUGCUAACGAAUUACGUUUUCGAGAGAGAAAAAGAUCAGAUGAUAGUAAGAUCAUAUUGAUAGAACUGUUUUCAGUUAACAAACAACGCAAUAUGGCCUGUUUUACUUUAAAUCGCAAAGAGGUUUUUUCUCGAUCGAGUCUUACCUCUUUCCCCUCCCCCCCCCUGCCCAUCAAACAUUACCAUCCUUUCAGUCUACUAGAAAAGAAACAUAAUGUGCCUUCUUGAAUAAUUGAAACAAUUUAAACUUGGAAGCUGGAAAUUGAACGAAAACCGCGAUCACCUCCGCGUACUCAAGCAAGCAAAAACUAGCGCACCGAUGAUGAAACGAUGCAAGUUGGCCGAUCGUCUACGAAACGAGCACCUGGAAGCAAAGCUACUAAUGAACUCGAGGAAAACAUACAUCCCCGUUGCGAUGUAGAGAAGAAAGAUUGCAUUAUUGGAUGAACCACCAACUUUGAUAUACUAUACUUGACUGAAUAGGUUAUAUUAUAUUAAAAAAAGGAAUACACAAAACAAAAGCGAGAAAGAGAGAGAAUGAGAGUAGAAACACUGUGUAAAUCCCAAAACGGAUAUACCGCAAUGAUGGCGACUGAUAGGGGAAAGCGUGCGCGAAGCAAAGAAGUCGAGAAAAGUGGACAUACAGUUUACUAUCAUAAACCCCCCUCCCCGCCUCACCCCCUCCCUUGACAUUAUUCGGGGCAUUCAAAGUGAGGAUGAAACCACAACACACAAAACAGACAGGCCCCAGAAGGACUAUAGGGCAGGCCCAGGACCGAUCAUCGCUUUAGUUUUUGUUGAAUGGGCUGAACGAAGGAGGAGUGUGUGUGUGUGUGCCAUUUUUGGUACAGAGUUUUAUUUUACUUUCCCAUUCCCGGUCUUGGCGUGGAAUGGAUUGUACCAUUUUGCACCACCACAAACCAAGCAGCAACAGUGAAAAGACAAAGACAUAUGAUUUUUCUGUGCAAUCGAACAGCGUGCGAACAAAAAAAAAAGUGAAGCGCGCUACUAUUAGCGAUCAUUUGAAAAGAUCGCAAUUGUGAUCGCUUCGUAUCGGGAAACAGUCAGCUCGAUCACUCGUUGCCGCACAGUCAAUGAAGGUGAGAUUGAUGAAUGAAGCAGCAGCAUCGAAGCCCCCCCCUCCCCCUCGCCCCACCUCUGUCCGAGGAUGUCUUUUUUUAGUUUAACUAACAAGCAUUGAAAUUGAGUUUCGGUCGCUUGUGCUUGUGGUUUUUCGUUGGCAUCAAUCAGCGGUCUAGCGGCUUGGCUUUUGGCCAACGAGCUGCCGCCGGCACUGUCGCUCAGGAACGGUGCAAAAAAGUGCAUGUACGAAGAGUGCAUAUAGCCAUUACAUUCUUUCGGCGGAGGGAGUCUCCGCUUCCGCACGGAUGGCAAGUUGGCACCGUUCAAGUGACAAACCAAUUAAUCAAUGACCGUGGGCGGCACCAGCAUCAAACAUCAAACCCAUUUCCGCCGACAACUGACAGCUGAGGGCUCUGGCGUGGCACUGGGGUAGGAAACUGUGAACCCCAUGAACAAAUGAAACUUUUGAAACAAACGUUGAAGAACAGGAACAGAAACAAAUGAAACGUUUGAAACAAAAAGGCACGAUAACUCGUACACCUACACACACACACACACGCAGGCACGCACGAAUGGGCAAACUGGUAAACUGGAAGGAUAAGAUUUAUAUUGCGUGCAUUAGAAAGAGGGGCAAUCGAAACGGUCGAAAACGGCGCCGGGGCCACGUGGUCGAAACGAAGUACUAUAAUUUUGCAAACGUUUAAUUUCUUAAAAAUAUUUCCCUCCCAAAAAAAAAGCAAGAAGAAAAACGUGCGUAAAACAGCGUCGGGCUGAAACACGAUGGACCGGAUUUUACGUACACGUACUUAUUGUUUUGCUUAGGAUAUGUUUUUGGCAUACGUUUUACUUACACGGCAUCAUCAAUCGCGCAUUAUAAAUUUAGGCAAACGUUUACUUAAAAAAAGAUAACACUGAAGGAAAAACAAACCACAGCCCCCCUGGAACCCACAGUUAGUGGAUGGAAAAAGAUUAGCUAUAUGCACACAAAUUGCAAAAAGAAACAGAGAGAGAGAGAGCGAGAGAAAAUGAAGUAGGAAUGAUCGAUCGCAAUCGAAAUCGUAAAGCGCGUGAAUCGAGCAAUGUCUCCCCACAUACACACGCAACACGUAAACGUAAAGAAAAGAGAUCGAACAUAAAAAUCCCCUUUUCUUAUCAUACUAUCAUCGAAAUCACCAUUCAUGGCCCCCCCACUCACCCACACGCAUAUUGUAGAAUCGAUUCCAUGAUCAUCUCUGCCUGCCGGUCUGCGGAUCAUUACCUGGUACACUGCUGUGUCAUACGACCGAAAGCAGCUCCUAUUGCGCUGUCGAAAGCAGAUCCAUCUUCAGGGCCGAUAACCGAUUUGACAGCUUUUGCAAUAUCCUUUCACGCACCACGCGUACUGUAUGCACAGUGCUGCCUGUUGAUCGAUUGAUCUUACCGCUAAUCCGGUCUUCUAAGCGCGUCUAUUUGCUAAUUCGAGGGGGUCCGUGCGCGCGCGCCCGUGCGCUUACUGCAACCUAGUUUCCUUCUUCUGUGAUAUACAAGAAAAGCACACUUGUGAUAAGGUGAAAUUUAUUCGUACAUAAUUUUUGUUGCUAUAUACGUUUUGUUUGUUUUAAUUUUGUUUUGUUUUUUUUUUUGCUUCCUUUCAUUUUCCUAUAUCUUUCUGUUGUGUUAGUUGUUGCUGCCUUUACGCUUCCCUUGAGCUUUCUUUUGUUCAUUUCCUUGUUAUUGUUUAGUGUAUUUUUGUCAACUUACCUGAUAAACUUAAAAAAGGUACGAAAUGCGUGAUAGAGAGAGAGAGUGGGCGGGAGAAACAUUCAAACAAAGUCGACGACAAGAAGGUGUGAAUGUGAAAAGUGGAAAACAUUAAAAUAUUGAUUGAAUGGUGUAAAAGUACACACACACACACGCGCGCGCGGGCGUACGAACAUCUCACAAAAGCAAGACGCAAAGCAAGACAAUUGAUCAACAGGGCAGGGUCGGCAAGUACAAGCCCUACAAAAGUGGCAAACAAACAUUUACGCGACAUCACGCCCCCACCACACCCCCAUACCCCGAAAAACCACCCAAAAUCACUCGUUUAUGUUACUACGAAUUUAGUUGUAGAGAACACAGAGAGAGAGAGAGAGAGAGCAACAAA